AUGGCGGCAGCAGCUUUGGGUGGAGGCUUGCCUGCUCCGCAAGCUAAUGGAGGACCGGACCUUGAUGAAGUGACUACGGAUAACCUCGGAUUCCAGGCCUUAAAUGGCGAAACCAAGAUCAAACUCCUCCCAACGCCAUGGCCCGCCGACAAAUUACCUCCACCGACCUCCUCUCUACUCAGCAUAUCCGCCGCGAAAGGGCUCCUCGCCGCAGCAAGCCCCGAAGCGCUAAUAAUAUCGUCGACAGAAACUGUCCGAAACGCAUUCACGGCAGAAGUACAGGGUGUGAAGCAAGUCAAACCGUUCCAGCCACAAGCCACCUUACCUGUCCCGCGUAUCUCCCACGUUGCGUUCUCCGCGAACGGCUCAUUCCUGGUCAUAUGUGCCGAGGACGGCGGAGGAUUAGCCAUCUAUAACGUCGACUCGCUCUCCGGGGGCAACAAGGAGCCCGCUUUCCAGAUCAGCACGAACGGCGUGGCGGUUCGCGCGCUGCUGCCCAACCCUGCACCGGAACUGGAGAAAUAUUUCGCGGUCGUGCUUACCGGUGCACAGGUUCUCUUAGCCGAUCUCCAGGAAAAGCAGCUGGUGAAUGGGACGGCCGGGAAUCAAGUUCUUCAUCAGAAUGUCAGCUGCGUAUCGUGGAGCAACAAGGGCAAGCAAUUUGUCGCUGGCCUCGCCGACGGCACCGCUGUUCAAUUGGACCCUUCCGGCAAUCCAAAAGCGCUGAUACCGCGCCCUCCACAGCUUGAAAGUGGCCAUGCUGUCUCCCAGAUAUCAUGGCUUGCGAAUGACAGUUUCUUGAUGAUUUACGCUCCCACACAGUUUGAGGCCGACCGUGCGCCUGACUCAACAGCCUACCUGGUCACACGACAAAAAGGCACGACGAAUUUCGCGUUCCAAAAGUUGAAUGAACCAUGUGGACCCUUCGGCCUGAAUCGAUCCCCCCCACACCACUUCAUUUCAAGGCUCCGAGAAUGGCCUCCUGCGUUAUCAGAUUUGAUAAUCGUUUCAUCGACUGCAUCGCAAGACGUGGGGUUGUACACGCAGUCAGCCAAACCCCUAGGGCCGGUCGUGGGCGAGAAGUCGCCAGAGGCUGUGACUAACCAGUACACGUUUACUUCGAUGGCGAAUGACAGUAGACGCGCUCAACUACCGAUAUCAUUCGUAGACGACAUGUCGGACACUUCGCCCAUUGGCAUGUCGCUAGACCUAUCGAGUCGAGAGAAAGCACAUCGGCCGAUCCCUGCCGAGGAAGAGAUUGAAGAAUCUCCUACACCUGUCCCCGCGUUGAUGAUACUCAAUAACGAAGGGUCGCUAUCCGCUUGGUGGAUUAUCUACAAUGAUUCUAUCCGAGAAUCGACGGCUUAUCCCGGUCUCGCUUCCGCAGGAACACUCAAGAGUUCGGUGAGUUCGCAGAAGACAGAGCAACCAACAAGUCCAUUUGGACAAGUAAAGCCUCAAGGCUUGGCAUUUGGUGCCUCUACCUUUACAAAACCUGCGGCGCCGGCUUUUGGCUCACCGGGUGGAGGGGCAGCCUUUGGCGGAGCAUCUACUCUCGGCCAGAAGCAAUCAGCUUGGGGCACUUCUACUCCAGCCGGAUCAGCCUUUGGUGGGCCAGCUGCUUUGGGCCAGAAACCGUCCGUGUGGGGCGGCGCUGCUGCUGGUGCGCCGCAAACCGGUGGUGUCGCCUUCGGUCAAUCAUCGUUCGGGUCAACUCCCACCUUCGCAAAGCCUGCCUUUGGUUCUCCGGCUCCGCUCGGGAGUACGAAUACUGCCGGUACCUCUUUCGGUUCGGUCGGAGGCAUCGGUGCUCGUUCAUCGCCAUGGGGAGCUGCUUCCUCUCAGCCUGCGAAACCCGCCGGUGGUGAGAAACCAGCUCCAUUUGGCGCCUUUGCAGCAUCCGGGAACAAGGCCACAGCAUCACCAUUUGCUACCCUUCCGAAAGAUCAAACUCGUGGCUCCGAUUUUGGGUCUGGAUCGGCCUUGACGGCUACUCCGUCUUCAGCAUUUGGUACCCCUCCACUGCAAAGUUUUGCCUCAACUGUGUCAAUUAACUCGACUACAGGUGGAUCCACUAUAGGCACCUCAUCUUUUGGGAACACUACCACCCCUCAAGCGUCGGGAGUCUUCGGUCAAAAGCAACCCGAAGCCCCUGAAACGAAAGACGCGGACAUGGAUGAGGAUACAAUGGAUGACUCGGCGCCGCAACCCGCGAAAGAACCCCUUAAACCCAGCGGGGCAUUUGGGGGGACUGGCUUCUCUCUGGGAAGUACAUUCAAGCCUAGCACAGACAAAGAGAAGGAAAGCACCGGUGAUGAAAAGACGGACCAGAAGGCUGGGUCGGCAUAUAGUUCUUUUGGCAAUGCUCUUGGAGAUGCUCUUAAGCAACCCAACCUUCCGGUGCCGGAAACUCCACUGAAGAAAGAGUCUGGAUUAGAUGGACUCAAACCGACAGAUAUCUCUACUACAUCUGCAUCGCCGCCCAAACUGCCUGCCGCGCCCACUUUGUUCCCAAGCAUCAACAAGGAACCAGCAAAACUGCCUGAAGCCGCUCCAGGUCUGACUACAGGUCAACCAAGCACUUCUCCCUUUGGGAAGGCCCAGCAAACCGAGGUCGUGGAGGCCGCAGCAAAGCCACUGGAUGACAAUGAUGAUGAGGAUUUAGAAGAAGAGCCUGAAGUGGCCCCCGAAGACGACGCGCCGCUUCCACCAGAUCCUACUACCGUUGCCAGACCGAGUUGGUUUUCACAGGCUCCGCCUGGAGCAAAACCCACCUCGUCGCAAGAUGGUACAGCGGAUAAAGAGGGAGACCAUCCGAAGUCGAAAAUUCCGAACAUAAUACCCUACGAACAACCGCAGCUCCUGCAGCCCACACCAGCCAAAUCAUUCCUAAUGCCAACAGCCCCGAGUCCCCCGCCGCCUGGUGACCAGCAUAUAUCCUCCACAACACCCGCCGGCCUUCCGAAAGGACCAACAUUUUUGCCGCCAUAUAAAGCGGGUCAACGCUCACCUCGCUCACCGAGCCCUGUCCGCUCGGCCUCAACUCCGGUAUCCCGUCCCAUUUCAGUGGGCGUUCGCCAGCCAUCUCGGCCUUCCUCCCGGACAGCGCUAUCGCAGACGCAGACCGCAGCGCAGGAACCCCAGGAGAUCCCCGAUCUUGCUGCAACUGCUCUCCAACGUCGACCCGUCACGCCGCCUAUUUCCAGCCUGCAGGAUGAAGAAGCAGAAGAAACCCAGCGGAUGCUGGCGGCACCGACGAAUCAAAAACUCAAGCUGGAGAAAUUCACUGCUCGCAAGGACUACGUCGGAGCGUCGGAAACUCUCGCCUCACGUGACGAUAUUCCCUCGCAGAUCGAGCGUCUGUUCCGGGACAUCAAUUCCAUGAUCGACACCCUCGGUCUCAACGCCCGCACGCUCAACGAAUUCAUCCGUGGCCACGAGGAGCUCCUCGCUGACGAUGGCCGCGAAAAAGAGGACCUGCUCGACCGCGACGUGGACGCCGACUUCGACGCCGUCCUCGCGGGCGACAUCCCCCAAGACGUCUGGGUUCUCAGCGAGGUGGAGGAUCUGAACAUGCUCCUCAACUCUAUGGAGCAGCAACUGGACGAAGGCCGCGUGACCGACCCCAGAGAGAAGGUGCGCAAGGCUGUGCAGAUGAAACGCGACGUCGUCAAGCUGCGCCACGCCGUCACAGGGCUCCGGUCGGUGAUCGAGUCGGCGCGCGACCCCGCAGCGAAGGAAGCGCGGAAAUCCGCCCCGCUCGAGCUGCACCAGGCGGCCGCGCAGGCGGACCUGCGGGCGAAGUUCGGCGGGCUCCAGCGGAAGGUCGUGGAGGCGGAAGAUGGCAUCGCGGUGCUGCGCGCGCGCAUCGCGCAGGCGGAGGCGCGGGCAGGCGGGAAGAGCGUGCCGACGGUGGAAGCGGUGGCGAAGACGGUGGAGAAGAUGAUGCGGUUGUGGGAGGAGCGGGUGGCUGAUUUGGAUGUGUUGGAGGUGGAGGUCAAGAAACUGCGGCUCCGAGAUGGGUCACGGCUGGAUCGGAGUACUGGCGGGCUGGGUGAGAGGGACGGCUAUAGCACGCCUGUGCGAGGGAGGGACGAGCCGAGCGAGAGAGGCACGCCGUUCAUCACGCCAAGAAGUCGGAUAGACGACGGGGCAAUGACGAGCAGUGUGCGGAGCCUACGGAGCAUGGGGAGUGUGAGGAGCAGUGUGAGGGGACGGACGUUCAAGUUGGACUACGGGAGGAGUUAUGGGAACGAGUCGCUGGUUCAGGAUGUCACGCGAGAAGACGUCAAGCGAGUUGAGGGUCUGAUGAGAAAGAGGAGAGUGGUCCAGGAUACACUGAAAGGUUUGAUUGCGGCCAAUGGGCCAAAGAUCACGGAAGUUGGGACGAAGACCUAUGGAUAG